AUGGAGUGUGGGGGUGAGACUGUGUCUUCUGGCCAGGGCCGCCCCGAGUCACCCAUCUACAGCAACCUCCAGGAACUGAAGAUAACCCAGUCUACCCAGCCCCCUCUGCCCUCUGGCUCCCCGCUCCAUGUGGUUGGAGACUGGGAGACCCAUAAGGACCAGAAUGGUAGACACUUCUACUACAAUCGCUCCACCCAGGAGAGGACCUGGAAGCCGCCUCGAACCAGGGACAAUAGCACCAGGAACGCGCAGGGAGAGAGCCACAGCACCGGAGAGAGCUCAGAGACCACCCCUCUCUCGCUCUCGCCGUCUUUCCUCCCCUUUCUCUCGCUUUCUAUUGGUCGACUGCAGCCUCUGUCAUCGGAGGACACCUGCUUCAGUACCUACUCUAGCCAGUCAGACAGCCAGUAUGGCUCGCCGCCACGCGGUUGGUCGGAGGAGAUGGACGAGUACGGCCACACGCUGUACGUCAGCGACUAUACUAACGAGAAGUGGUUAAAGCACGUUGAUGACCAGGGAAGACCUUAUUACUACAGUGCAGACGGCUCCAGGUCAGAAUGGGAGCUGCCAAAGUACAACCACUCCCCUCCCCAACCCUCUGGGGAUGCUCCAAAGACCCGCAGUCUAGACAGAAGAAACGUGGAGCCCAUCGUCCUGACCAAGUGGAGACAUAGCGCCUACGUCCAGGACCCAGCCGACAAGCGGCUGUUAAAAACCAGGCGUUUCCGAUCAGGCUCUGCACGCCCACAUCCAUACAAACACCAAGACGCUCCUUUGGGUCUCAAGCCCCCCUCUCCUGACUCUGACUCCUGCCCUUCGUCUCCCAAGCCCCCUGCCUCUCCAUCUGAAAAAUGUGGAGUUCUGAAUGUGACAAAGAUCACUGAAAAUGGCAAGAAAGUGCGAAAGAACUGGACUUCUUCCUGGACCGUCCUCCAAGGUUCAACGCUCCUGUUUGCCAAAGGACAGGGAGGUGGAACUAGCUGGUUUGGAGGCGGUCAGUCGAAACCAGAGUUCACAGUGGAUCUGAAGGGCGGCUCAGUGGACUGGGCUUCCAAAGACAAGUCCAGCAAGAAGCACGUUAUAGAGCUGAAGACUCGUCAGGGCACAGACCUGCUGAUCCAGUCAGAAAACGACAGCAUCGCCAACGAAUGGUUCAAGGCGCUGCAGGACACCAUCAGCAACCAUGCCAGUGAGUCUGAUGACCCCAUAGAGGCGGACAUGCCCGAGUCGCCUGGUGCAGAGAAACAUGACAAAGAGAAAGACCGCAGAGACUCCAAGAAAGUCAAAGCCAUGAAGCCCUCAACCAGCAUGGACUCCUCCGAGCACAAGAAGACCAGGAGCAAGCUGAAGAAGCUCCUGACCGGCCGUCCCACCCUUCAGACCGUCAAGGAUAAGGGAUACAUUAAAGAUCAGGUGUUUGGCUGUGCUCUUUCCAGUUUGUGUCAAAGGGAGAACACCACGGUGCCAAACUUUGUCAAAAUGUGCAUUGACAAUGUGGAGAACAACGGUCUGUCGGUAGACGGGCUCUACAGAGUUAGCGGGAACCUGGCAGUCAUACAGAAACUCCGCUUUGCUGUCAAUCACGAUGAGAAGGUGAAUCUGUCAGACGGGAAGUGGGAGGACAUCCACGUGACCACAGGAGCCCUGAAGAUGUUCUUCAGAGAGCUGCCGGAGCCACUCUUCACCUACAAUCUCUUCCACGACUUUGUCAGCGCCAUCAAAAUAUCUGACCACAAGCAUCGAGUUCAAUCGAUCAAAGAGCUGGUCAGACAGCUGCCCAAACCCAACCACGACACCAUGCAGGCUCUCUUCAAACACCUCAGGAAAGUGAUUGACUACGGCGAGGAGAACCGUAUGACGACCCAGAGCGUCGCCAUCGUAUUCGGCCCCACGCUGCUGCGGCCUGAAACGGAGACGUGGAACAUGGCGGUCCACAUGGUCUAUCAGAACCAGAUUGUAGAGCUUAUACUGCUAGAGUACGAGAGCAUUUUUGGCAGGUAGAUGCCACAGGAUGAGCUUCUUUGUUUUUUUCUUUUCCUCUCCCAGUGCAGAGCUCUUCCUAACCCAGCGUGGCAGGCCCGGCUCGGGUCGACCCGGCCCAGCCUCACCCUGCCUUGGUCUGGGCCAGCUUAUCUUGAACUCUCACCAACCUGGCUUCUCUGGUCGCUGACUUCUCCGAUCUUCAAAAUCUUAGACCAACAAAGCCAACCGAAAAUAUACGAUGAAAACAUCCAUAACUAUCGACCAAAAAGUUUGGACUCUUUGCACUUUUCAGUCUCGUUUUCUCCCGCAGCUGUAUUUGUGCCACUUUACUGCAAAGGUGGCGUCCUUCUGUCUUACCACUGGAUUCCUAAAACUAUUAUUACUUACUGGGCCAAGCAAGCCUGAACUACUGAACAGACUGACUGAGGCCAAAGGAGCAGCAGCAGGUCCAGUAGGCUGUAUUUACAGAUGAGGCAGCAGUAUUGGGGGUUUAUGAUGCUGGAUGCAGCUUGUAUGUACCGUACUGUACUGUAAAUCUCAUUACCUGUAUAGUCACUCCUGUAUGAACCACACUGAGGAACCAACAGAAGGAAACCAAACUGUGGACUCUUUACCCUCAGACGUAAAAGGUGAAACAUGCUGACGCUGGAACAAGAAGAGGAGGGAAGAACGUUUGUUGUUGUUGUUGUUUUUUUUAUUUUGUUUGUUUAGUUUUUCUUUUUUUUUACAUUGGGAACGAUCCACUUAAACUAAAUCUCUUUGAAUCUGCUUCUCUGUAUUUUCUUGCUGAAGAACAGGACCAAGGUCCUCUGAACACAUAAGAGGUUAUCGCCUCCGGUAUUGCAUCUGCACGCCACCUUCUUAGUUUUUAGAACAAAUCAUCUAACAGUGGGCAGAACAUCAUCUUGGGGGGGACAAAACAAAUUAACGGUAUUGUACAGUGUUUGUGCAUGUGAAUGGGGAGGGUGGAUGGAUUCAUGAAUGAAUGAAUUAAAUAGCAAUAUAUUGUAAAAAUAGUAAAUAUAAGUAUGCCUGGAGUGUUAAAAAUAUAUAUGAUGCAAGGGAGAAAUCACUAUUGUGUGAUCAUUGUGUAACCAACAGACCUGAGGAAUAAAAUUAUGAACUGGGGAUGUGGAAGUCUACCUUUGAGUCAGUACUGUUGGCGUUGUCUAACUGAAUUAAAGACCUCAAAUAAGAGAUA